AUGAAGCUCUCUUCCAAGUCCAUUCUCAGCCCAAGCCGCAGCAGAGACCCUCCUCAGAUUUCCCUUUCUUCUUCCCUCAGCAGGAGGCUCAAGAGCAAUGGCAGUAUGAAGGGAGGCCAAGCCUCCCCCAUGUUCCCAACUGGUGGCAAGAGAAGAGGGUGUGGCUUUGAGAACCCUGAACCUUCUUCUCCCAAAGUCACUUGCAUUGGGCAGGUGAGGGUGAAGACCAAGAAGCAAGGGAAGAAGAUGAGGGCAAGGUCUAAGAGGAGAGGGGAAGCUAGCUUUAGGAAGGCUGAACAAGGUGGUGCAAAUGCCAAUGGAAAUGCAAAUCCUAAUGCAGAUCUCACUAGACAGAACAGCCAAGGGUUUCAGCAUCAUCAGAACUGUUUGAAGCAUAGGAAUCAGAGAUGGGUGCAUCUUCCCUUGACAUUAUGUGAGGCCUUGAGAGAGUUCAGCUGCUUUUUUCCUUGCAGGCCUUCUUGCAUGUCAAGUGAGAAGGAAAAGGAGAAGGGUGGUGGAGUGGAGGGGGGAGGACUUGUGAGAGAGGGUUCGUGUGGGAAUGGACUUGGAAGGUGGUUGGUGGCUUUGCAGGAUGGAGAUGGGAAGGGAAGGGGGAUUGAGUUGGUGAUGGAGGAAGAAAUAAUGGAGGAUGGAAGAGAGAGAGGUGAGAGGAGCCACAGCCAGAGAAGGCAUGUGUUUGAGGACAUUGAUGUUGAUUUGGUGGUAGGAGAGGAAGAAGAGAAGAAGAAUGAGGAGGCGGUGGGAGAGGAAGAAGAUAAAGCAAGAGUUAGCAUAUGUAUUCCUCCAAAAAAUGCUCUUUUGUUGAUGAGAUGCAGAUCUGAUCCAGUCAAAAUGGCAGCUUUGGCUAACCGUUUUUGGGAAUCACCUGUUCACAAAGACAUAUGUCAAGAAAAUGAAAAAGAAGGGGAAGAAAAUGAUGAAGAAGAUAGUGGGGAUGAAGAUGAACAAGAAAGAGAAGACGAUGACAAAGAGCAAUCCGUCAAAAUGGAAGAGGAUGAACAACAAGUACAAGAAGAACAAAAAGUUGAAAGCGAAACCAAAGAAGAUACCAUUUGUGAAAGAGAAACAGAAACUAUGGUGGUGGCCAGUGAAGAAGAAGAAGAAUGGCAACAACAACAAGAAGCUGGCAAGGAAAGCUAUGAAAUUGAAAGCAGAGAAAACCUAGUAAGCAAAGAGUUUCAUGUUGUCAAAGAAGAGAAAGAAAUGGGUGAUGACGAUGAAAAGGACGACGAUGAAGAAACAAAUGAAAAUGCCAUUGAAAAAGGUGAUCCUUUAACACACCCUGAAGCUCAUUCAGAUCUCGACAACCUUAAAACCGAAGAAAAAGAGGUUAAUCUCCUAGAGGGUAAAGAAGAAGAGCGAGAAAACAACGAAAGCUCAGAACUUUCUUCCACACGAGAAACGUUCACAGCUUCAGAACCGGAAAAUGACGAAGCAGAGCCCGAAACAGAGGCAGUGACGGCCGAAACUUCAGAAGGGUCAGCGGAGGAGGAGGAAGACAAAGUGACUACAGAGACUGAACCGUCAGACCCGACCCAAGACCCAAUUUCGGUUCCCGAGUCAAAGGAGCGAGAAAACAGGUCAAAGCACGAAGAUAGAGAAAGGGAAACUUUGCCGGAGUGCUUGUUGCUGAUGAUGUGCGAGCCGAAGCUAUCGAUGGAGGUGUCCAAGGAAACGUGGGUGUGCAGCACCGACUUCAUACGGUGGCUCCCGGAGAGACCCGCUGCCGCAGGAGGAGUAGGCGGCAAGAGGGUAGCCGGCGAGACGCUCACGAAGUCCAAGCCGAAGCCGAAGCCGUCUCCGCCGCUGAUGCAGCCACCACGAUCAUCGUGCUCGUUCCCGACGGCGGGCGGCGCCGCCGGUGUGUCGAUGGCGGCAAUGAUAGAACAGAAACUGGUUGGGUCCAAAUCUGGUAAUGGGUACGAGCCGUUUGUGCUCACGCGCUGUAAGUCGGAGCCGAUGAGGUCAUCGACUAAGCUGGCCCCGGAGGCUUGUUUUUGGAACAACAGGAAGCUUGAGCCGCACCCACCAGCGGCUCAGCUUGGUGUCGGCGCGCCGGCUGGUGUUGGGUUUUGA